AUGCUAGAGGAAGGUGGAUUCAUCAGAAAGCCCAGAAGGACCCGUAAAAAGGCUAAAAUUGACUAUAAGGAGGAAAGUGAUGCUGAGCAGCAUGUUAUCCUCGAUUCAGAGGCGGAUGCAGAGUAUGGUGAGGAUGGCCAUGAAGACUCGCCAAUCGUUCUUGAUUCAGACAAGGAGCAAGUUGAAGACGAUAUAAUAACUCUACCGAGUGAGGAUGACGAUAAGCCUUUAUCUACAAGGCGUAAGAAAACACCUGCGAAACGCAAAGCUAGAUCCAAGACUGCCAAACCCAAGAAACCCAAGACUACACCAUAUGAGCGCAAUACUGCCAGACUCUUUGAAAACCACCCGUAUCUGAAGGAAGUUUUCCCCGAACUUGCAGCGGCUCCAAAGUAUGAGCCUGAGCGAUCCAAGCAACCAGACGGUUUAACUAUCAAGCUCCUACCCUUUCAGCUUGAGGGAUUGCAUUGGUUGAUCUCACAAGAAGAUAGCAUAUAUAACGGUGGUGUUUUAGCUGAUGAGAUGGGUAUGGGUAAGACGAUCCAAACUAUUGCAUUGCUGAUGAGCGAUCCUACGAAGCGUCCCAACUUGGUGGUUGCUCCCACCGUCGCUUUGAUGCAGUGGAAAAACGAAAUCGAACAGCACACUGGUGGUAAGUUGAAAACGUACAUAUUUCAUGGUGCUAAUCGUACAUCAAACAUCGGAGAGUUCAAAGAUGUGGAUGUUCUACUUACCACAUACUCGGUUCUUGAGUCUGUAUUCAGAAAGCAAAACUACGGGUUUAGACGGAAGAAUGGAAUCUUCAAAGAGCCGUCGAUUCUGCACAACAUGGAUUUUUAUAGGGUUAUACUUGAUGAAGCACAUAACAUCAAGGAUAGACAAAGUAACACUGCGAAAGCUGUUAACAUGCUGAAAACACAGAAAAGGUGGUGCUUGUCAGGUACCCCUUUGCAAAAUCGAAUCGGAGAGAUGUAUUCAUUAAUUCGAUUCCUUAAUAUCGACCCCUUCUCUAAAUAUUUCUGCACAAAAUGUGACUGUGAGUCUAGGGAGUGGAAGUUCACUGAUCAUAUGCAUUGCGAUGGUUGUGGUCACGUCGUGAUGCAGCACACGAAUUUCUUUAAUCAUUUUACACUCAAGAACAUUCAAAAACACGGAAUUGAGGGUCCAGGGUUGGAAUCCUUCAACAAUAUCCAAUUGCUUUUGAAAAACAUUAUGCUCAGAAGAACUAAAGUUGAGCGUGCCGACGAUUUGGGACUGCCGCCCAGAAUUGUCACUAUUAGAAGGGACUUUUUCAAUGAAGAAGAAAAAGAUCUUUAUCGAAGUCUAUAUUCCGACGUUAGGAGAAAGUAUAAUUCGUAUGUGGAAGAGGGUAUUGUUCUCAACAAUUAUGCCAAUAUUUUCACGUUAAUUACUAGGAUGAGGCAGAUGGCAGACCACCCUGAUUUGGUUCUGAAAAGGCUGAGCGGUGCGAAUCAAAAUGAUAGCGGAGUAGUCGUUUGUCAGCUCUGUGAUGAUGAAGCAGAAGAACCAAUCGAGUCGAAGUGCCACCAUAAGUUUUGCCGGCUUUGUAUUAAGGAGUAUACCGAAUCGUUCAUGGAAGAUUCAACUAAGCUUACAUGUCCGGUGUGUCACAUUGCCCUAAGUAUCGAUCUUUCUCAGCCUGCACUGGAAGUAGACGCAGAGUCUUACCGAAAACAAAAUAUUGUUAGUCGCAUGAAUGUGAAGGGGAACUGGCGUUCAUCGACCAAGAUUGAGGCCCUCGUUGAGGAGCUAUACAAUUUGAGGAGUGAUAGAAGAACGAUCAAAUCAAUUGUCUUUUCGCAGUUCACAAGUAUGUUGGAUCUAGUAGAAUGGCGAUUAAAAAGAGCCGGUUUUACUACUGUUAAGCUGCAGGGUAGUAUGACACCUACUCAGCGUGAUCAAACUAUCAAAUAUUUCAUGGACAACACGCACUGUGAAGUCUUUUUGGUAAGUUUGAAAGCAGGAGGUGUAGCUUUGAACUUGUGUGAAGCUUCACAAGUGUUCAUCUUAGACCCAUGGUGGAAUCCAAGCGUAGAAUGGCAAAGUGGUGAUAGAGUUCAUAGAAUAGGUCAAUACAGGCCCGUAAAAAUUACCCGAUUCUGUAUUGAAGAUAGUAUUGAGUCCAGAAUAAUCGAAUUGCAAGAAAAAAAAGCAAAUAUGAUACAUGCGACGAUAAAUCAAGAUGAUGCUGCCAUAAACAGACUAACCCCUGGUGAUUUGCAAUUUCUGUUCAAUAACUGA